AAAUUUCACAGCAAAUCUCUGCAUUCAUAUCCCAAAAUGAAGCCACUGAAGAUGGUUGCUGUUCUUGUUCUGUUCUUAUUUUCUGGGGCUGCAGCUGCACAUACUGUUAAUUUCUAUGUCCACAACAAAUGUCCCUUCCCAAUCUGGCCAGCAACCGCCCCCAACACCGGCCAGCCAGUGAUAGCCGAUGGCGGUUUCUACCUUCCAUCGGGGCAAACUCAACGUAUUGAGGCUCCAUGGACGUGGAACGGCCGGAUUUGGGCCCGGACAGGAUGCAACUUCAACUCCAAUUGGCAACAGGCUUGUGAAACAGGGGACUGUGGUGGAAGACUUCAAUGCAAUGGACUAAUAGGCAAACCUCCGGCCACUUUAGUGCAAAUUGUACUCAAUGGGGACAAGGGCCAACCGAAUUUCUAUGAUAUUAGUCUUGUGGACGGCUACAAUCUUCCCGUUUUUAUGACAACAAAACCAUUAUCAUCCAAAUGUAGCAUUGGAGGGUGCUUAAAAGAUCUAAAAUCUGUGUGUCCACAAGAGCUUAAAGUUCUGAACUCCGGUGGGGAAGUUGUGGCUUGUAAAAGUGCGUGCCUGGCGUUUGAUCUUGAUUCGUUUUGUUGCCGGAAUGAGUAUGGGACGCCGGAGAAAUGCAAGCCUUAUGUUUACUCAAAGAUGUUCAAGGAUGCUUGUCCUUCUUAUUACAGUUAUGCCUAUGACACGCCUCCUCCAUUGGUAAACUGUGCUGCUAAAGAAUAUGUUAUUACAUUCUGUCCUUCAUCUUGGGGUGUUCAUGAGCAUGAUUCGAUAUAGAGCAUUUUUAUGCUCAUUAAUUAUAGUUGCUCUUGCCAAUUCGGGGACGGUUAGGGUUCCGAUUUUCUCAUCUUUCUUUCUCCUUCUCUGGCGUUAAGGUUUUGUGAAUUUGUGUGGUUUUCUUUUGUUUGAUAUAAUUGGGGUUAUUGUUUCUUGUUUUUGUACGAUUUACUGAUCAAUUGAUGAGACUGUGAGACCAACAACAUGAUGGAUUCGUUCCAUGAUUUCGUAUGCAUUUAAGUCUCUGAUGAUCUUUCUCAUUUCGUUUCAAUUUUCCGAGAAAAAUAAGAAAAAAAAUCUGUUUGGUUCCUGAGAAAGGAUGAGUAUUUCUUUGCUGUAAAGAUAUAAGAAAACAUUUUAUGGAUUGAGUAAAUUUUGGUAGCUUCAUUGCAAGUGGGAAAUUGUGUAUGUUGAUAUCUCUAUUUGGCCCAAAAUCCCAUUAUCAAAGAUGCAGACUAAAAAUUUUGGAACUAUUAAUGGAUCGGAUUGUGAAAGAAAGAUAGGAGACAAUCUUGUGAUGAAAGUUGUAACUUGUUGACAAUCUUGACCAUCUGGUGGCAAUUCUUAACUGACCAAUACCCAUUUUUUGUUAUGAACUUUGUUUUCUUUGUAUUGACUAUUAAGUCCCCCAUGUUUUCAGGU